AUGAAUGCUAUUCGUGUACAAGUACAUUUGAAAUAUAUAUUUGAUGAUAAUACAUCAAAAAAAUUCCAUGAUUUUUGGUAUGCUUUUGAACCAUCGAAAUUGUUAACUAUUAAUGAUAUAAUUGAAGAUAUUCGAUUAAAUUUUUUAAAAAAUCAAAUAUCUUUAUCAGUAGAAGAAAAAGAUGAACAGACAUUUAUAUUGAAUCUUGAUGAUUGUCAGUUAUUACCAUUUACUUCUAGUCAAAUUUUACGAGACAAUGAUCAUCUUACUCUUAUGCCAUUAAAAAAAUAUAGUUUACACAAGAAAUCAUUUCAAGAUUCAGUUAAUUUUAAUUUGUCUUCAUCAAUUUCUAUUGAACAUCCACCAAUUUUAUCUGAAAACAAUCAUAAACGACAACGUAUUGAAUCUGUUGAGCAAAAUAUUCCAUCAGAAUCAACAAUAACAAUUACAAAACCUAUUGAAACUAUUGAUGAACAAUCAUGUCAAAAGAAAAUAAAAACUAAACCAACUGAAAAUCAAGUUUUUAUUUCACCAAUAAUUCAAUCGAUACCUGAACCACUACCAGUGAUUCAAUCGACACCAUCAAUAUUAAAAGAAUCAAUUACUGAAAAAGAAAUUACUUCAGAAUCACCAUUAUCACUUUCCUCAAACAAUGUUCGUAUUCGAGAAUUGAAAUCAAAGACACCAACAUGGAAAUCACAAACACCAUCAAUCAAAAGCACUGUACAAGACAAGACACAUAUUCGAUUCGAUUCUGAUAGUGACGAAGAAUCAUUACAGCAAACACAAAUUACUAAUGAAAAGUAUACAACAACAGAAACAAUACCACUAGUCAAUGAUAAUAAUAGUUCAAUAAGUAUACAAACUAUUCCAACAGUAAUAUCAACAGAUAGGAUUAAAACAACAAAUGAAACAGAAACUAAGAAAAAAACGGUUGAUCUUCUUUUUGAAAUGAAACAACAUAAAAGUCUUGCUGAGAGACAAGCUAAAAAAAUUCAACAACAAUUCGGUAGAAAACGUGUACAACAUAGAAAACGAGCAUUAGAUUAUUUUUCAAUGGCAAAUUUUGUUGAUCGAGCAUUUGGUCUGGAUAAAAAUGAACUUUUAGAACAGACAUCACCAAAUGGAUAUCAUUCAUCAUCUUCUACUCCACAAACUUUACCAACAUCAUUUAAUAAGUUAGCUCGGUUACCACUUGUUGCUGAAGCCAUUGAAAAUAAUGACAAAAUGUAUGAUCUUUAUCCACCAGUCACACAAUGUCCUUCAAUUCAAACACGUAUAGCUUUCAAAUUACUUGAAUUGGGUGAAGAUUUUUGUCCAAAAAUGUCAACAUUUAAAGAAGGACUCGUGGUUGAUGUUAAUCAAACUACCGGUGAAUUAACUAUUCAAUUUGAUAAACCAUUUCAAACAGUUUUUGAUCAACCAUCGAAAUUCUAUUCACCAUCAGAAGAACAAUCAGAAGAAAAUUUAACAACAAUUGUUAUACCAUUUUCUGAUCUCAAUUCGGUUCGACUAUUGACAACAUCGAAUAACAUCAUUACAACAUAA